AUGUCAACAACUUCUGGUAAUCCUGAAUUUUUCUGGAUUUGUCGUGAGACUGGAUCAUUCGAAUGGUUCCAAUCUUUAUUGAAGACACUAGAGGAUUCACAAUUGGAAGAAGGUUUCUUAAAAGUUCACAUUUAUCUCACCUCUAAACUACGUGAAUCGACAAUUCAAAACAUUAUAAUCAAUGAUGUGUCAAGUUCUUAUGACCCGUUAACUGAUUUAGAAUCUAGAACUUGUUAUGGUAGACCAAACUUUAAUUAUAUCUUUAGUCAAUUGAAAAAAGCAAUUGAAACUGGUAGAUAUUUACCAGGAAAAGAAAAAAGCCUAGUGACAAAUGUCGGUGUCUAUUAUUGUGGUCCUACUCCUUUAGCCAAAAGUCUUAAAGCCGAAUGUAAACUUGCUAAUGUUGAUGGAAUAAACUUCCGUUUCUGUAAAGAACAUUUUUAA